AUGGAAACAAAGGACUGCUGCACUGAUAAUUGGCCCAAACAGAUAGCUAUUCUGGAUGAUGCUGAUAGAAGAAUCUUGGAGAAUCAAAUCUCAUAUAUGGAAAUUCUGGAUGUUAUCAAAGGACUCGGCAACAACAAAUCUCCUGGACCUGAUGGAAAGAUGUGUAGUAAUUGGAAAGAAACUCUUAUUGUCUUGAUACCAAAAAUUUCUAAUCCUUUAUCUCCAGAAGGUUUUCGUCCUAUCAACUUGUGCAACUCCAUUUAUAAAGUAGUUGAUAAGGUUUUACUGAACAGGCUUUUGAUGGUUAUUCCAAAAGUUAUUUUAGAGGAGCAGGUAGCUUUCUUGAAGGGGAGAAGCAUUUCCGAUCAGUUAUUGCUGGCACAGGAAUUGGUCAAUAAAAUAAGGAUCUCUAAAUCUAAAGAAGGUUUGGUGGCCAUCAAACUAGAUAUGGAGCAAGCCUAUGAUAGCAUGAGUUGGAAUACUCUUGAGGAGAUGAUGAGAAGGCUGGGUUUUCUCGUGAGAUUCAUGAAGCUAAUCAUGGAAUGCAUUGUGGAGCCUAGAUUUUCAAUUAUCAUAAAUGGAGGCUUAUCCAAGUGGAUUGAGAGGAGGAGUGGUUUCCGUCAGGGAUGUCCAUUAUCCCCUUUUCUUUUUAUCAUUUGUCCCCAAUUAUUAACUAAUGUCCUUUCUCAGGAGGGGAAGGAAUUAGGCAUUAAAGUUGCCUCUAGAGGUAAGAAGAUAUCUCAUUUGCUUUAUGUAGAUGAUGUCCUGUUAUUGUCUGAUGCUAAGAUUAAAAGCAUUAAGGAGUUGAAGAUCAUUUUGAGCAAUUGCUAUGGAUGGACUCGACAAAAAUUGAACCUCAAAAAAUCUGCCAUGAUUAUUAGCAAGAAUGUUGAGAGAAGAAGGAAGAAGAAAAUUGCAAGGAUCUUGAAUAUCAAGGGGUUGCACUAUGUAGCUUGGGAAGAUCUUUGCAAACCAAGAGCAUCCGGUGGCUGGGGUAUCCAUUCAGCUAUUAGCAGUAUUCAAACUCUAAGAGCUAAAUUCUCAUGGAAUCUGAUUAUCAACCCAGACUCCUUAUUAAAUAGAAACCUCGUGAUCAAAUACGGUGAAGACUGGUGGAAGAAAGAUGUUAUUAAAGGAGGUUCUUCGGCAUGGAAGAUUAUUUCUAGUGGUUGGAAAUCCUUGAGAAACAUUAGCAGAUGGAAUGUGGUGAAAGGAUCUCAUAUUGAUGUAUUGAAGGAUGUAUGGAUUUUUUAUAAAAGCCUACUCAAAUGGCCAACAUUUGCAGCUCCAUUCGAACAGGAUAACAUCACUCUGGAUUAUUUCAUUCUUGAAGGAAGAUUGAACAUUGAUAAACUUCUUCUUUAUUUCAGUGAAGACUUGGUUAAUGUCAUUAGUAACAUUCAAAUACAUCAAGAAGAAGAGGAAGAUUUUAUGGAUCUUAAAUAUAAGUUCUCUGGAAAAACGAUUGCUGCAUUGAUUAAAGAAGAGAAGGUGAGGAUGGAUGAGGGAAAUUCUUACUUAUGGAUUCAUAAGAUGAAACUGUAUGCAAGGGUUGAAUUAUUCACUUGGAGGCUUUGCAAAAAAGCUAUUCCAACAGCAAAUUUUCUGAUGAAAUGGAGAAUUUCUAAUAAUAAUAUGUGUCCUAGAGGAUGUGGAGAAGUGGAGGAUCUAGACCAUGUAACUACUAAAUGUCCAAAGUUGGUUAGAAUUAUUUGCACUCUGCGGGAUUGGGGUUUUCAUAUUCCAUUCUUUGAAUCUUUUCAGCAAUAUUUUUGGCAUCCUCCACCACCCGAGUGGUACAAGAUUAACAUUGACGCUGCAUUGAGGAGCAACUAUGGAGCGGGCAUUGGAGGAAUUGUUAGAGACCAUAAAGGAAGAUUUGUUCAUGCUUUUGGUCUCUAUGGAAUGCAUUGGGAUAUAGCACAACUGGAACUUUAUUCUUUCAACUCUUUAAAAGAUCUAUUGAAUAAUUGUUUGGAUAAUGCCAAAGGUGUUAUCAUAGAGGAAGACAAUAAGAAUGUUAUUCAAUUUCUUCUCAACAUGUACAGCAAAUGA